UCGAAGCCGGCUCGACCGAUCGAUCGAUCGAAGCUUCGGCGUCCGCGCCGAUCAAACCGACGAACGGAUGCAUAAAAACCCCGUCGGCCGGGGUAAUCCAUUCGUCUCCACCGGCAGUUCCACUCCAACCGCCUCUCCCGUGCGCGUGCCCCUCGCCACUCGCCAGCCGCUCCGCUCCUCGUCGCCCCUCGUGCCCGGCGUCGCUCCCUCGUGCGCCUCCGGAUCCGCGGCCCUCGGAGAGACAGCAGGCGGUGUCUGGUCGCUUGCGGUAGGCGGGCUCUCGCUGCGGGUCGUCGUCGGCGGGAUGGUUUCCUUCGAGAUGAACGACCGCAAGAAGAUUGGGCUGGGCUUGACUGGAUUUGGAGUUCUCUUCUCAUUUCUUGGGAUCAUUAUGCUGUUUGACAAGGGGUUCCUGGCAAUGGGGAAUAUUCUCUUCGUUUCUGGCGUCUUACUGACUAUUGGGCUGAAGCCAACUGUGCAAUUCUUCACCAAGCCUAAGAAUCACAAGGGUUCAAUCUCUUUCGGGUUUGGCUUUUUCCUGGUCCUCAUUGGCUGGCCUGCCUUAGGCAUGAUGGUGGAGUCAUACGGCUUCAUCAUGCUCUUCAGCGGCUUCUGGCCAACAGCUGCUGUUUACCUGCAAAAGAGCCCCUCAUUCGGCUGGAUAUUCCACCACCCCUUUGUGACUUCGCUGAUCACUCGGUUCAGGGGAAGACGGGUCCCGGUGUGAUUCGGUUGGCUGCUGGAUCAUCCCCAAAGCAUGUCAAAUCGCCUGUACAGACGUAGACCGAUUGACAUAUGCAUUUUGUGCCUUCGCAAUUCGUUGAUUCUACCCAGCUUAAAGAGAGACAAAAAUGAAGUCGUUGCUGCUGUUAUGUGGUCAUGUAGUCCGUCUCAACAUAGCGUAACUAAUCAGUCUUUCUGCAAGAAGACAUUUCUUGGCUGUUAAUAAGUAGGUUGAUAGAUCAAUGGGAUAGCCUGGUACUACCACUUUUCUAUAUGCCGAUGACUAGGACGAAGUUGUGAACUGGUUUGGAAAAAGCAGCCGUCUUGUGAGAAACAGUUGUGCUACGUAUUCCUAUGUUUGCUGAACAUGAUCGAAGUGAAACCAGUCCUUCAAAUGAAAGUUUGAAACA